GUAUGUAUACAAGACAUGGUGUCAAUAGUGACGAAGUCCGGGUAUUACAUUGUCAGCGGAAUUUCCAUGGUACCUGCAUAUGCCUACAGCACCCAGCGUUCUUGAACGGAACGGACUCAGAUAAUUAGUACGAUAACUAUUCCUGGACGGCAGUUAAUUAUUAAAAACCUUUCUAGGGUGUGAUUGUGACUGGGACAUUUAUGUAAACGGACAUUGUAUCUGUGCAUAAAUACAGAUUUAACUGACUCGAGAUGGCUUCAACAUAUGAAGACCUUCACAAUGCCGCACUUCUCAGAGAGUUAGAAGUUGGAGAUUUGGUGGAAUUUCCAAGAGCACUGUAUUCACAUUGGGGUGUUUAUAUAGGAAACCAACAUAUUGUACAUUUAACUGGAGUAGACGGUGCUGGUAGUAUGGAUGCUCUUACCUCCGGAAGUUUAUUCUCAGUUUGUGGGGUGACCUUCGACAAAGCCUGGGUAAAGAUCGAGGAUUUCUUCAAAGUUGCUAAAGGAUGUCAAGCUAAACGAAACAAUGGAAAGGAUCAUGUAUGCAGGCCACUACACCCACACGAAAUUGUUAAGAGGGCUAAGAAAAUGGUCGGGGAGAUAGGCUACAACGUUCUAUGGUACAAUUGUGAACACUUUGCAGCCUUUCUUAGAUACGACAGGAAGUGGUCCGAACAGGUGGAUAAAGCAGCAGAAACGGCGGUUUGGGGCGGUGCUUUAGUCGCCGGUAUUGGAACUGCCAUUGGUCUAUUUGCUAGCACAUCUAAAAACAAAAACAAGUAAAAAAAAAAAAAAAAAAAAAAAUGGAAAAGGAUCAACGUGAUAUGCAUAUUGUCCAAGUAAAAAUCUCGUAUUUCUGUUCAGUAUUAUAAAGAUACACACAAUAUGAAGUAACCAUGGCAAAACUUAACAUGUUGUGAUCUGUAGAUGGACGACCAGAAGAGCACCACAGAAUAACGUUGGAUUUAUUGUCACUCCCCUGGAUCUCAUGGGAGGAAAUGACCUAGAUUUGCAUGCAGCGGAUCUAAGAUGCUUACCCUUCCUGAACACAUGGUCAUAUUAUCUUUGUACUGUUUCUAGAAUCUCUAUACAAAUCUAUUUCAUUCAUAUUUUGCCUCCAUAUUGAUUUAGAAUUAAGUUCUGGUUGUUUAUCAGAUAUGAUAGUAGAGAAUAUAAUAUAUCUGACAUGCGAAAAAUUUUCGUUUUGAAGUUUAAACACAUUUUCAGUUUUCUCAAUGUUUUAUGGUGUUCCAUUUUGAUUAAGACAUCUAUCUUCCGGUACAAUAUUCCAGGAAGAACAAACCAUUUCGGUUUUAACUUACUUGUAAAGAAGUCGGGUAUACUAGGCUCGGAACGUGUCAAAUCGGUAAUUAAUACAACUCUUUAUAUUUAUCAGAUCAAUAGAAUAUACACUGUGAUACACGAGAGAUUAUUCAAAUCCUUCUGUAAAGAAACAUACAGAAAUCUCCUACGUCCAUGUUAGACAAACAAUUAUAGUAAUAUGUUCAGCAUAAAACGACAAACUUACUACAGAUUUCUGAAAAUUAAAUAUUUGUUUCAAUUUGAA